ACUGUGUCUUUCUUCUUUCUUCUUUAAAUGGACCCGCUGUAUCUGUAAGUAUAUCUACCUAUGAAGAUGGAUCUAUGUCUGUUUAUUUGUGCUCAUAUGUAGAGCCUUGUUCAUUAGGUCCACGGCGAUGUAAGUUGGAUGUUGAUGACGAUUCAUUUGCAUUCAUGGAUUUUGGAUUGGUUUUAGUUGUUUGCUGAACUCUAGACUCUGCACGAGUGUUUGUUCUUCUUCUGGUCUUGGAUCCAUCGUCGUUCAAGCUAUUGACUUUAGUUGAUCAUGAGGUGCCAGUCCUGAUCAUCAUUUUCCUCGGGAUGGACUCGCGACGGUACGCCACUAGACGAUGGAUUUCUAAGUACAUGUUUAUCGUAGUUUUGAUACUCGUGACACUUUCUUUUAUCGGCAUCUUUGACCACACCCAAAACAUCACUUCGUUCUUACGACCACUAUGGGACACACCACCACCUCCGUUCGAAUACAUGCCACAUUAUUAUGCAGAAAAUGCCUCCAUGGACAACCUCUGCCGCCUCCAUGGAUGGUCCUUAAGCUCUGAACCACGCAACGUCUUCGAUGCUGUCCUAUUCAGCAACGAACUAGACUUGCUUGAACUCCGGUGGCAUGAACUUUACCCUUAUGUCACCAAAUUCAUCAUCCUCGAAUCAAACACAACCUUCACCGGCAUCCCCAAGCCUCUCACAUUCGCUCUAAAUCGUGACCGUUUUGCUUUCGCUGAAGAAAAAAUCGUUUACGGUUUCCUCCCUGGUCUACUAGCAUUCGAGGUGCCUCCAGACCCUUUUUUGAUCGAGUCACAGCACCGGACCGUUAUGAACGAGUUGAUCCGACGGUCUGGGAUCUCCGAUGGAGAUCUUUUAAUCGUAUCGGAUACCGACGAGAUCCCGAGCUCACACACAGUUAAGCUUCUUCAGCACUGUGAUGGCUUGCCAUCCAUCUUGCAUCUCGAAAUGAGAAACUACAUUUACUCAUUUGAGUUCCCGGUCGAUUACAAUAGCUGGCGGGCGACCGCACAUAUUUACAGCCGGUGGACUCGAUACCGGCACUCCCGCCAGACUGACCUUAUUCUUUCCGAUGCCGGAUGGCACUGCAGCUUCUGUUUCAGGCACCUGAGCGAGUUCGUGACCAAAAUGACGUCCUACAGCCACGCUGAUCGCGUGAAGAAAAAAGAGUAUUUGGACUACUCGAGGAUCCAACGGAAGAUUUGUCGUGGAGAUGAUCUCUACGAUAUGUUACCGGAGGAAUACAGUUUCAAGGAUUUGAUCGGAAAAAUGGGAUCGAUUCCUCGUUCGGCUUCCGCAGUUCAUCUUCCGUCGUACUUGAUUGAAAAGGCGGAGAAGUUCAAGUUCCUUCUUCCCGGUGGUUGUCAACGUUCACCCGAGUGAGAUUUAUCUUGUCGAAUUCCAUCCAUCCAUUCGGUCUUAUUAGCAAAUCAAUCAAAUUUGUUUGGAACACCUACAACCCAGAGACCAAUUUGUUAGAAUAGUCGAGCCGGAAGACUAAACCAAACAAGCCCAAUAUAUCCCGCUUGAAAGCAAGUUCUGAAAAGAGUGUGACGUACGAGACCUGACUUCUAUCAAAAGGUAAAACGGUUGUUUUAUGUCAAGGUGUAAGAGGAAAAGGUAAAUAGUCGUGAGAGACGAUCCAAAAUUAAUAAUCUGUUUAUCGUAUGAUGUCAGUAAAACAACAUGUUAUAAAAAUGGUCUUAUCCG